AUAGGAGUCCUCUUGUUAUAAUGUUUGACUUCUUAACAAAGAUUAAUCUCUUGAUCUCCUUCUGCCGUGCUUCUGUGAAAGUUUGGAUCUGUUUCCUUAUUAAAUGAAAACGACAGAGAUAUGUCCACCACAUCAAUCAUACAGUGAUUCAGAUACGUCGUGGGAGUUGUGUAAAUCGGGGAGACAUGGCGAUCAAAGAGGAUGUGGAGAAUGUUGUGCAGGAGAACAUAAGGGAGCCACUCAUGAGAGGUAGUGGAGAGGGAUCCGGUCAUGGAAGCAGCAAAGAGGAUCAAUGGAUGGUUUACCUGAGCACAUUUGUUGCAGUUUGCGGUUCUUAUGAAUUUGGAUGCUGUGUGGGUUAUUCUUCGCCUACUCAGUCUGCCAUCACGGAAGAUCUCAGUUUAACAACAUCUGAGUACUCAGUGUUUGGCUCCAUUCUCACAUUUGGUGCAAUGAUAGGUGCUAUCACAAUUGGACCCAUCACUGAUUUUAUUGGUCGAAAAGGGGCCUUGAGAAUGUCCUGUGCUUUCUGUGUUGUGGGUUGGCUUGCAAUUUAUUUUGCUGAGGGUGCUUGGGCUCUUGACAUUGGGAGAUUAGCAACUGGAUAUGGAAUGGGAGCCUUUUCAUAUGUUGUACCUAUUUUCAUUUCCGAAAUUGCACCCAAGAAUCUUCGAGGAAGACUAACCGCUUUAAAUCAGCUGAUGAUUGUUUCUGGAGUGUCAGUGUCCUUCAUAAUCGGGCUUGUAGUAAGUUGGAGGGCUUUAGCACUAAUAGGACUAAUUCCCUGUGCUGUGACCCUUUUUGGUCUCUUUUUCAUUCCCGAGUCUCCAAGAUGGUUGGCAAAGAAAGGACGCCACAGAGAUUUUGAGGUUGCACUGCAGAAACUUCGCGGGAAAGAUGUUGACGUCUCUCUUGAAGCAGAAGAAAUCCAGGAAUAUAUAGCAACUCUUGACAGUCUUCCCAGAGCCAAAUUAUUAGAUUUAUUUCAAAGAAGAUACCUGCCAGCAGUCUUGAUAGCAGUUUUCUUAAUGGUCUUUCAACAACUGGGAGGAAUCAAUGGUGUCUGUUUCUAUGUCAGUGAUAUUUUUACGCAAGCAGGAUUUUCUUCCACCGUGGGAACUAUAAUUUAUGCUAUUCUCCAGGUUGUGGUAACUGGCAUUGGUGCAUCCUUUAUGGAUAGGCUUGGACGAAAGCCUCUGAUUUUGACUUCUGCAUCAGGAUUGCUACUUGGCUGUGCGGUGACUGCAAUUGCGUUCUUUCUCACAGCUCAGGAAUUGGCUUUGAGUGUUGCUCCUAUACUUGCUGUUACUGGAAUACUGAUCUUCAUAGGAGCCUUUUCAAUAGGAAUGGGAGCAGUACCUUGGAUUAUUAUGUCUGAGAUAUUCCCCAUCAAUAUUAAAGGGCAGGCGGGAAGCUUAGCCACGCUGGUGAACUGGUUUGGUGCAUGGUUGUGUUCCUACACUUUCAACUUCCUUAUGAGUUGGAGUACAUACGGUACCUUCAUUCUGUAUGCAGCAAUCAAUGGUCUGGCUAUAGUUUUUGUGAUAUUCUUUGUACCUGAAACAAAGGGGAAAACUCUGGAACAGAUCCAAUCAGCCAUAAGCAAAGAGAGAAGUGAAGAGAUAUAAAGAGAAGAAAUGGACAUCAUUAUUGUGGGUAAUUUUCAUUGAUAUUUCUCAUGCUUCCAUUGCCGAAACUGGCAGCAUUGUAAUCUGGCAGUGUUGUACUGCUGUUUGUCGUUUUUUUUUGCCUUUUAAUUUGAGGACUUGAGGUCAAUUGGUGCCGGAGUUUCAGUUUAUCUAUAAAGUGCUGUCUGAAUUCGUUGCUGCGAGAAUAGGCAAGGUUGAUCAAAUAUGGUGUAACUAGUUUUGUUCUUGUAAAUCCCACAACCAAAAACAGUCACAGAAAGUAGUUUGCAGAAGCUAAUGAGUGAUCAGGAGUAUAUAAUCAUGAAACAUAAAUUAUAUGCAUCCAACCAUGCAUUACUUCAAAACCUAACAAGCCAUGCACACC